AUUAUAAAGCAUCGUGUGGAUAAGUUUGCGUGUAACACACCCCUCUGUCGGCUAUAAGUUCAUGUUACCCGGCUCUCACGUUCUCUUUUCUGUAACGAGGAAUCCAGCGGAGAAGUUGAAUUCGAAACCGCUUGUCACUUAUCAAACUUUUCAAAACAUUGCAAUGAGCGCACUUCAGGGACUUGCCCAGGAGAAGAUCUGGUUUGACAAGUCCAGAUAUGAUGAGGCCGAGCGGAGUUUCUAUGAGGGGGACAACGGCAUAGAACAGACUCCACAGGAGAAGGAAGCUAGUGCCAUCCUGCAGGACAUUGCUAAAGCCCGAGAGAAUAUCCAGAAAUCCCUAUCCGGAGUCAAGACUGCACUGCAGGCUUGUAAAGGACACGCUCGCUCUCAGAAACCCAGAGAGAGGAAGACUAGUCAAAAUGCCAGUAAAUCUGAAGAUCAGAGUGAAGUCAUCUCUCGCAUGAAGAGCCUGGAACUGGACAACAAGAAUUUGCACAAAGUGGUGGAUGAUCUCAGAGCCAUGCUGUCCAAGCUAGAAUCCAGAAUGGCCGUGCUGGAGAAAAGCCAAGGGCCUGCUAAAAAAACAGCUCCCAUCGCCAAGGCUGCUCCCAUCCAGAAGCCCAAGGUUGCAGAACAAAACGGUGCUGAUGACGAUGAUGACAUUGACCUUUUUGGCAGCGAUGAGGAAGAUGAGGAGGCAGAGCGCAUCAAAGCCGAGAGAGUUACGGAGUAUGCAGCGAGGAAGUCCAAGAAACCCGCCCUCAUCGCCAAAUCCUCCAUUCUAUUGGACGUCAAACCUUGGGAUGAUGAGACCGAAAUGAGCAAGCUGGAGGAGUGUGUACGCUCCAUACAGAUGGACGGCCUCCUGUGGGGAGCUUCUAAACUGGUUCCCGUCGGCUACGGCAUCAAAAAGCUCCAGAUUGGCUGUGUGGUUGAAGAUGAUAAAGUUGGAACGGACAUUCUGGAAGAGGAGAUUACAAAGUUUGAGGAUUAUAUCCAGAGUGUUGACAUCGCUGCUUUCAACAAGAUCUGAGCCCGUUACAUCCAAAAUCCACCUCACACUGGGUUACAUCUGCUUUUAUAUUGCACGGUUACCAAUAAACUGUUCAGCCACAUGAACAAAACAUCA